ACAUUUGGGACAAAGCAGCGGCAGUUGCGGCAGGCACGCACAGCCACGAGCUUUUCGCUAGCCCAUUUCCUAAUCUCUAAGCUUGGAUUGUAGGAACUAUCCGCACGAUGGCCCCUUGUCAAACACCCGUACGGCAUAUUCGAGCAUCCUCUGCCGGAAUCGCCUAAGUUCAGGUCCCUCUCAGCUUGGCUCGUGUAACAAACCUUGCAAGAUUCGACACCUUUUCACGGAUUGAAAGAAAGACGCCUACGUUUCAAGCCCAACCGGCAGUAGUCGAGGCAUAGAUUCGCAACAGACGACAUUCUCCUUUCGUCUUUUCGGCCUUACCCCUAGUGAAGUCCGAACUGGUAUGGCCGCGUUGGGCGGCGGAUGGGCGGACGCCCUGCGCAAAGCCGCGCGGGCCAAGGCGGAGCCAUGGCCGCCUUUCGACGCGGCGUCCCCAAAGCCCGACCGCCAAUGGCCGCCGGCCGCUCUCCCCCUCGCCGGUCCCUCCGCGCACGCCAUUUCCGCAGCUUCCGCCUCGCCCGCGCAGCCUCCGCCACCAGCUUCCGCCACGUACCACGCUUUCCCGCCUUCCGCCAAACACUCUCCGCCUCGUUCCCCCGAUACUCCCCCCAUGCCCGGCCGCGCUCACGUCGGUGCACUAUUAGCGCGAGGGGGGGCGGCUGCGGCGGCGCAGGGCGGAUGUUCCGCCAUGGGCGCGGCACCGUCCGCGCAGGAGAUGCGCGCGCUCGAGGAGGCGAACGCUUUGUUGAAUGCUCUGUUUGGGCCGAACGCAGAUCUCGCUGCGGUAAUCGGAAACCGACGGAAUCCGUCAACUGAUGGAUCUCAUCCGUCGCCACGGCCGGAAAAAGCCGACGAGAAAGCUGGGACGCCGAGAAAUGCCGGCGCGUGGCAGCGAGGGGGGGGAGCGUGGGACGAGGAAGCGAUACUAAUGCAAACACCGCGCGGCUAUUCAACACUGAAAGAUUCUCCUCGCCAUCACCCGAAGCACGACGAGCAACGCUACCAUUCCAAAGUCCCCUGCCCCAGCCCGCGCCCCCCUCCCGCGCAAAGGCGCAGUGCGGCGAAGAAAAAGUUCGGGCUCGGCGCGCAGUCAACCAGAGUAACCGCCCUGCCAGGACGGCCGUCUGGUCCGCCGUUGUCUGCCGCUGAGUUGCCGGCGCCGUCAAGUUUCUUCGCCGGUCUCCCGUCAAGCGCUGCUGCUGCCGCGCAAGGCGGAGAAUCUCCGGUUGUGGCUCUGUUCGGCGGGGAGUUCACGUUCCCGGCGGCCCUGGCGGAGCUCUGGGCGCUCCUGGGCGGGCGCGGGGAGGAGGGCGCGAAUCGUGCGGGCGCAGCCGCGGAAAGGCGCGAGUGCCGCCAAGGCGGGGCGAGGGGGGAGUGGGGAGUUGAAACGGCGGCACAGGGUUGUGGGUUGGCGGAAGCGCACGGGCAGGUGAGGGGACUGCAAGCGGAGAGCCCGCGGGGACUUGCGCCUUCUCCCAAAAUGCGCCCGCUCGAGGGGAGCGGAGCGGGCGGUUGUUCGGCGCGAGCUAUGGGGUUAAAUCCCCCCUCGAGUGAGAUGAUGACACGUGGCGCUGCAUGCGUGGCAGCGGGAACGUCGGCGGUCGUCAAUGCCACAUCAGCCGUGGCAGGAACCCCUGCGAGUCAUCAAAACCCGGUUGAGGCAGAAGCGACGGCGCUGCUCAAUAUGGUCUCACAGCUUCUGUCCACCGACCAGAGCGUGACUGUAAACGGGGGUGACUGUACCGAGAUGAUCAAAGGGGCGGUGGAGAAGUUCAGGCAAGAACUUUCGACGAAGCUUCCUGCGCGAGCUGUAGGUCAGUUGGCGGGCGCGGCGCAAGGGGAGGGGGGAGAGGGCGCGCGGAGGGAUGGGGGGAAGUGCGGGGACGCGACUGCGCGGAUGGAGCAAGCAACGGCGGAAGGCGGGGGAGCGGAGGGAGGGGGGGAGGGAAGAAGCGCGCCUGUGGUGGCUGAGCAGCAACCGCCUUUCCAGUCCCAACGGCCCAGUGUCGCGCCUGCUCCUGUUCACGUGCCAGAUGGCGGGUUCUCACUGGACCAUCCCGCUGCGUGUGCCAUGUGGGAGCCGUCCAAUGCGGAGCCGGCACCAGUCCAGGCGGCACCAGCGGAGCCAGCACCAGCGCAGACGGCAUCAGUGCAGGCGGCAGCAGCAAUGCAGUUUGAAGGGGCAGCAAUGCCGGAGGAGCGGUUAGGAGGAGCAGGGCAGGUGAUGGCUCCAGCAGCAGCAGCAAGCGGGCAGGUGCAGCCAGAGACCCCUCUGCAGCUGGAACUGCAGUUCCAGCACCUGCAGCAGCUGCAGUUUCAGCAGCAGCAGCAGCAAGGGUUCCAGCUGCUGCAGCCCCCAGAGGAACAAGCGCAGCAACAACUGCAGCAGCAGCAGCAGCAGCAGCAGCAGCAGCAGUGCAAUGCCGAGCAGCUUGGGGGUGCCCACUGGUCUGUUACAGAGGUGCAGCAGCAGCAGCAGCCUCCUCACAAUCCUUUCCUACCCUCUCACUCGCCUCCCCCUUAUGUUUCCACACACGCCUUCCCUCUCACUACUCAUCACCCCUCUCACCCCUUCUCAGCCACCUCCGCCCGUGCUGCCGCUGCUGCUGCUCCUGAUGCGAUUCCUGCAGCCAGCCCUGGGUUUGAGAUGGUUGAAAUGGCUCCUCCCACUCCAGCUGGAGCUGCACCUGCACCAGCAGCACCUUCCCCAGUCAACGCCUACCCUCCCCACCCGACAGAAUUCCCCCACACCGCAUCCGCGCUCUCCCUCGCUCUUGCCCCCGUCCAUGCCUCGGCUUCGCACUCUGCCUCGGCGCCCCUCUCCGGGCCUGGAUCAAGCUCGGCGUCAGGCUCGGCGGCUGCUUCGGCAAACUGCUUCCCAUGUGCUGCGGGACCCCCCUUCGCAACAGAUGCUUCCCCAGCUGACGCCCAGCGUGCUGCAGACUUCGUUCUUGAUUUCCCACUGCCGGUCCAUUUGGAUACAUGCCUGCAUUCCGCCUCAGCCAUCACAGAGCUCCCACUCUUCCCAGCGUCAGCAGCAGCCCGAGAAGCAGCCGCAGCGAUCUCAAGCCUGAGAAGGGAUGGCAUUACCACUGCCUGCACGUCGCCACGCGCGCGAUCCAGCAACUCUUCGUUUAGUGGGUCUGGUGGGUCGAAGAGAGGGCGGGAUGAAGGGAGUACAAGUGUUGGGGAUUCGGAGGGAAGUCUGGGGUGUUUGCUGCUGGGGUUGGGGGAAUUGAGGGAGUCGGGUGCUCCGGUGAGUAAGGCUGCCAGGUUGAUUCGGGAGCAGUGGGCCCGCAAGAGGGGCCUGCCUCCCCUGUCCAUUCCUCCACCGCUAGAUUUGCCAUCGCCUGAUGUGUCCCCAGCUGCGGACAUGAUGCCACAUGAGAACACAGAUAUGACUUUUCAUGUGGCUUACUGAACUGACUAUAUCGUGGUAGAUUUUUUUUGGGCUUUUGACUGACCAGUAGCUGUAAUAAUGAGUAACCUCUAUGGGUUUUGUUUCUGGAACUUCGUUCUGAGAAAGGUUGCAAUUAGAGUUCA